AUGUCAGUGGCUGAGUAUUCACUUGGUAUUUGUGUGUUUAAAAGUCUAUUUGGGAUCCGAAUGGUUGAAACGGUAGUGGAGAAAGGAACAAAACUUCCAACCAAGAAAAGAUACACUUUUACAAUAUCACAAGACGACCAAAAAACAAUUGGUUUUGAAAUGUACAAAGACACUGUUAUCCCUAACCCAAAUAUGCUCGUUGGAAACGCAGAAAUCUCAAUCCCUUUCUCGCCCAAAAAGGGAGACAAAGUCAUUCUGGUGAUCGAGAUGAAACAAGACGGUACUCUAGACUUGUCCGCUACUUACCCAAAUGCAACAAUGGUUUCUAAACAACAAAUCACUCUCAAAUUGACUAAUUAA